AUGGCCUGUGGGAUUAUAUUCAUCGCAGCCUUCGUGCUAGCUACGCUGGGACCCGUCCAGGGCACGCAGAUGGACCUAGAAGGCGAAGAGACACGUUGUUUUAUCGCCUUUGCCAGCAAAAAUGAGCGUAUGACAGGCUCUGCAGUGUCUGUUCCAGAGGAAUACGCUGUACGACCCUUUAUUUACAAGGUAGAAGGGCCCACCUCGCAACCGUCUACCAUCCCGGCGUUUGCAAUCACAAACAACCAGUUCGAGUACAAGGUGCCGGAAAGUGGCCACUAUGCCUUGUGUCUCUCUAACAAAUCUCACACAAAGAACACGGUGAUAUUCAACUACAGGAUAGAGACAGGAAUUAACAGGGAUCUAUCUUCUUUGUCCACUGUUGAUGAUGCUAACAAUGUGCUCAAGUUUGCGGAACAGCUACUUGAAAAUACGCAUAUUAUUGUCGAUCGUACGGAGGCAUACAGCUCACGCGAACAAUUAUAUUCGCAAAUAAUCGAGGACAUGAACUCCAGGAUCAUCAGAUGGUCUAUUUGCCAGAUGAUCUUCCUUGUUUGCAUAUGUUUUUUCCAAAUAUACUACAUCAGCUCAUUUUUCGAGGUCAAGAGCUUCGUCUAA